AUGUCUGAUUCCUGCAUAAAACAGCAGCCGUAUUUGGUUCAAGAUCGUGUGACUAACUUGACGUUACCUGAUCAUACCGUAUGUUUUUUAUGUCGUGGAAUUUUAUGCGAACCAGUGGCUUGUCAAACUUGUGAAACAGCGUUUUGUUCAUCAUGUAUCAAAUCUUGGGAAAUAGGAACAUCAGAACCUACUAGAUGUCCAGCAAAUUGUUCAAAAUACAUCCAGGAUCAUCAAAGUAAAUGCCAGUUGGUUUUACUAAAAUGUCCUGAAUGUGCUGUUGUUUAUCAACGACAAGAUGAAGGUAGUCAUACUGAGACAGUCUGCUUACGUGUUCGGUUACAUCAACUUCAAGAUCCAAGGAAACAAGGCGAAGCCGUAUGGGAUACAGUAGCGAUGCGAAGAAAUUCUGACAGAACUCUUGGUGAAACAGAUCUUCAUUUAAUUCAUAAUUUCCUUACUGAUUAUGAUAAGUCAGUUACAUGGCAAUUAACACAUGAACAAAAUAUCACGAGAAUAUUACAACCAAAACUAGAUAUAUUUUUUACACAACUGGGUUGUAAUGCAGUCAUUGAUAAAGCUCGUCGAAUUAAUGAUUUGUUAACAAAAUACAGAAAAGUUUUAACAAUACGGAGAACGCACUACAAAAAUAUUUUUAAAGGAUUACAACCAUUGUUGCGCGAGGCAGUUCUCGAUAUUCGAGAUGCUUCUUAUAGUGGACGUCAUUAA